GACAAUCAUUAUAUAUAACAAUGAUCGCACAUCAAUCAGUAUUUUUUAAUCGUAUCGCUUUAUCGGCGUUUAGAGGCGCCUUCAAGUGCGUAAGAAGCAGGGUCUUGUACAGUACCAUUAGGCCACUACACUGCAAUAGCGCCUAUAGCCAUUUCAAAUCGCGAUCACCUGUGGAAAGUAACCUUCCACAGAGGUUAUAUUUUAGUUCUGAUGCAACUGAGGCGAAGAAGGAUGCUGACGGUGAAAACGUAGAGGAGUUGGAUGCACAGGUAGAUCCUGAAGAAAAGACUGCGGAAGAUGAUAGCGUCGAUUUGACUGAGAAAGUUACGGAGUUGGAGGGGAAGCUUGCGGAGUUGACAAACACUUUGAAGGAGCUUCAAUUGAAAUACCGCAUAAGCCUAGACAACUGUGAGCAGAUUGAGCGUAUAAGUGCAAACAAGCUACAAAAUGCUAAACUAUAUGCAAUUACUCAAUUUGCUAAGGAUAUGCUUGAUGUUGCCGAUGCGUUUGAGUUGGCAUUCAAAGCGCUGGGUAGUCAGCAUAAUGUAGAUCUGGACAGCAAGUUUAUUGAGGGUAUCAAGAUGACUGAAUCCCAAUUACACAAAACGUUUGAGAAGUAUGGCAUUAAGCGUUUUGAGAGUUUGAACCAGAUGUUUAACCCUGAGGUUCAUGAGGCCAUGUAUGAGAUUCAGGACGAUAGCGUUGAAAAGAAUACUAUUCUUCAAGUUGUCUUCAAUGGAUACACGAUCAAAGAUCGCAUUCUUCGUGCUGCAAAGGUUGGGGUAUCACGCAAGUAAAAUUGUGUUAUAU